AUGCCUCUCGGAAGAAUACCGCAGUCCUCAUACUACGACAAAUACAACCGCCCGAGCGCCGCACUCUACCGAGCUCGACAACCAUACCUCGUCCGCAAUGCGUUAACAGGAGUCGCCAUCUUUGGCUUUGUAGCCGCAGUCUAUACAUGGACCAUAAAGGCGAUCGGCCAGGACGACUUUUCCGAUGUACCCAUACCCGAUGCUCCAGCACAACCUGCGCACGCACCGAACAUGUCGACGGUGAAGAGCGCUGGUAGUAAGCAAUAG